AUGACAGCUUUACGGGCCGCAAUAAAACCCGGCCGCGACCGCGCAGUACUUGUUGCCAGGUGCGGCGGCAGUGCCGCGCAUCUGGCGCCGCGCUGCGGAGCGCUGGUGAACCAGUGCCGCGCCGAGCUGCGCCCCUCCGCUAUCGGCUCCGCGGUGAAGAAUGCCCCGCGCAAACGACCUCGCGUGGCUUUAGGGACGGAGCCGCGACGCGCGGCCGCACUGCGUGCCUUCAGCUAUCUCGACGAGUCGCCCUCCGCAGCUGCUGUGCACCGUCUGCUGUUUCCUCGAGCUCACGGCCCACCUAACAUGGCCGGUAAAGCAGCCGACGCGAAGCUUCUGCCGCAGUGCGCUGCCGCCUUCGUCGUGAACCUGGCGACGCUGGCGAACGGCUACUGCCUGGGCUGGCCGGCGGUGGAGCUGCCGGUGCUAGAGAGCAACGGCACGGCGCUGCGGCCCAGCCCGCUGGAGUCGCCGCUGAGCAAGGACGAGGCCUCGUGGGUGGCGGCCGCCAUGAUCCUGGCCAGCUCCUUCACGCCGCCGCUGUACAGCGCGGUGAGCGCGCGCUGGGGCCGCAAGUUGGCGGGCUACCUGUCUGCGGCGCCGUUCGCGCUGGGCGGUGUGCUGCUGGUGCAGGGCCGCACGCUGGGCUGGCUGGUGGCGGGGCGGCUGCUCGCCGGCGUCGGCUCGGGCGGCGUGCUGGCCCUGGCGCCGCACUACGUGGCCGAGGUCGCGCAGGAGCGCCACCGCGGCGCCCUCGGUACCGUCUUCGCCAUCCAGCUCAACAUGGGCAUCCUGCUGGCCUACUUGGUCGGGGCCGUCGCCACCUACCGCAGCGUCUGCGCGCUCUGCAUCGCGCUGCCCACCGCCUUCGUCGCUGCGUGGACCGCCCUGCCGGAGACCCCGCAGUACCUGCUGUCCCGCGGUCGCGACGUCGACGCCCUCAGGUCGCUGCGGUGGCUGCGCGGAAGCGGCUACGACGUCGAAGGCGAGCUGGAGCGCCUCAAGAAAUCCGCGGCGUCCUCUUCCCGAGAUGAGGACACCGGUCGCGCCCAGGAGAAACCGUCCUUGGCAGACUUCUUCUUGGACCGCGCAUCGCGACGCGCCUUUAUCACGGUGCUGGUGCUGAUCGCGAACCUGCAGCUGUGCGGCAACUUCAUCGUGAUGAACUACGCGGUGGAGCUGUUCUCGGAGGCGGGCAGCAGCCUGGCCGCCAGCGCGCUCACCUCGCAGCUGGUGGACCGCGCCGGCCGCCGCCCGCUGCUGCUGGCCUCCAACGCCGCCGUCGCCGGCUGUCUCGCCGCGCUCGGCGGCUACUUCUACGCCAAGCGGCUCGGCCUCGACGUCUCCCCCGUGUGGUGGCUGCCCGUGGCGUCGCUCUCGCUCUUCGUCGCCGCCUGCAACCUGGGCAUCGCCGCGCUCGUCUUCGUCAUCCUCAACGAGAUGUUCGCGCCCGACAUGGCGCACAUCGCCAUCUCCAUCGGCAUCCCCACCUUCCUGCUGGCCGCCUUCGCGGUGCUCAAGGCCUACGUGUACAUGCUCGCCUGGCUGGACAUCUACGGCUCCUACUGGCUGUUUGCCGCCUGCACCCUGGCCUCCAACGUCUACAUCUUCUUCUUCCUGCCAGAGACGAAGGGUCGGCCGAUUGCCGACAUCGUAGCGGAGCUGAACGGUGGCGCGAAGAAGUCUGCGCGCCACGAAAUGUACGAUCCCGUCGCACAGUCAGAGAAAGCGUGA